AAUCCCUGCUGGAUUGAAAGGGCAUCAGGGAUCAGACAUAGCAUAAUGGACGGAAACUUCAAAGGAGAGAUCCGCUGCUUGCCUUAUUUCUUCGUGGCCGGCUUCCCUAAGUGUGGUACCACGGAUCUGUACCGCCGACUAGAGCUGCAUCCCCAGAUACAACCACCGUGUGCUAAAGAACCCCAUUGGUGGAGCAGGCAUAGAUUUGCGAAAGGGGGAAGCUUGCUGACUUAUCUGAAAUGUUUCCAGGUGGCUGCUGAGAGGAUAUCGGAGUCAAACAACUACACGACAGUUGUGAAGGAACCACGACAUCAGAUCACUAUGGACUGCAGUGCUUCGACAUUAUGGGAUCACAGCAACUGGCGCUACAUACCACAAAACAACCUAACGUUUGAUGAACCUACAGUGACUAAUAUUCACUCCAUCCAUCAUUUACUGCCGAAUGCGAAGAUGAUAGUCAUCAUGAGGAACCCUACAGACAGGUUGUAUUCAGAUUACCUGUAUUUCCAAGCCGGACUCAGCGCAGAGAAGUUUCAUGAAAAGGUUAAUCAAAGUAUAGCUUUGUUGAACACCUGCUUUAGGAAGAGAACCGAAAGGGCCUGUUUGUAUGACUCCUCGAUUACAAGGAAGCUAGAGGUUCGGCUACAUAUAGGUGUAUAUUCCGUAUAUAUUGAAGACUGGUUACAGCUGUACCCCCGUGACCAGUUCCUGUUUCUUCGGACAGAAGGCUAUGGCGCCAAUGUAACCGAGUCCAUCGUCAGUAUUUUCAAGUUCUUGGAACUCGAUAUACCAGAUGGUUCACAGCUACAGAGCAUAGAAGAAAAACCAAAUGCCAAUACGCGAUCCAAGAAGAACACGAAUCUCGGCGAAAUGCUACCAGAAACAAGGGCCUUGCUGGAGAAGUUUUACUCACCAUGGAACAAAAGACUUACCAAACUUUUAAAUGACAGUCGAUUCUCGUGGAGUUGAGAGAAAUGCAAGGCGUCCGUAUAACUCGU